AUGGCUGCCACCAAGCUCGGGAAUCUAGCUGCCGACUUUGCAUCCGCGGCCUUCAAGUCCGCUACUUCUGCUCUUGCUUCUCCAACAAAAAAGAAUAUCAAUUACUACCAAAAUGAUAACGCGAAAACUGUUGCUGAUAUCAAGUCUUCAUUAUUGCCCAUUGCUCUAGACGUAGAUAAAGCUGCUGAUAAGGCCGCUGAUUCUAAAACCGACACUACUGGUGAUGCCUCCGCCCCUGUCAAACGCGGUCGCGGUAGACCACCAAAGCCCGGUGGACCUGCUCCUAAGAAGCCAGUCGUCCUAACCGCUUCUGGUGAGCCAAGGAAGAGAGGUCGUCCACGUAAAGAGGAGGGCGCUGAGCCUAAAGCUAAGGUUGCGAAAACAACUAAGACCACUUCGCCUGCCGGUGAGAAACGUGGUAGGAAAAAGAAGGAAGAUGCACCUGCUGCUAAGAAGGCCGCUGCCCCCAAAAAGGCUGCUGCUACUACUUCAUCUCGACGUGGAAAGAAGGAGGAGAAAGAGGUAGAACCUGAAGAGGAGGAUGCUGAGGAUGAUGGUGAAGACGCUGAGGAUGAUGAUGAGGAGGAAGACUAG